AUGGCGCCGCCGUCUUCGUCCCGUUUCCUCGACUCUGAAGCGGUCGAGUUCUCGGAGUACCCUGACAAGAGGUCGUACGGGUAUACCUUCAUCUUCCCUAUCGGGCCGGGGAACUACAUGUGGACCAUGAAUCCGUGGAUCGUCGCCAACGCCAGCGGGUGCCAGGUGCGGAAGCUCGUCGGGCCCCUGCUGGACGAGCGGGCCGGCCUGGGGUUUCCCCUGCAGCCCGAGUUUUUCGAGUACGAUAGCUUCUACCCGGCCGAGACCGUCGGCAUGGCAGAAGUCCGCACGGGGUCGCGUCUCAUCCCACGGAAGAACUGGGAGGAUGAGGGACUUCUCAAUGAUACCAUCCGGACGCUGCGCGAGCUGGCGCAGGAGGGUGCCACGCUGAUUCACUACAAUAUUAACGCCGCGGCGCCCGACGGCACGCCGAACAGCGCGGCUAACCCGGCGUGGGGCGAUGCGGUCAUAUUUGUCAUCACGGCUGAGUGA